AAAGAGAUGGCAUAGCUUCCUAAGCGCAAAGUGGCUGGGGCCCGGGGGUCAGAGGAGAUGAAAAGGCAGGUGCCACGGGGAUCCAACCGCCGCUCCUGCCACCAGCUUGGAAGGUGCUCAACAUUCCGACUGUAUAGAUGGUGCAUAGUUCCAGAAGUAGUCUGCUGACCGAACUGUGGUAUGGUUAGCCUGCAUUCCUGCCCUGUGUGUGUCUUGGGCGUGGAUAUCUCGGCGCUACACACCUACCAGCUUGGAAAGAGACUGCCCUUGGGAGUCCAUUUUCAAAGACUUUUGGCCACAGGUGUAAAGCCCUGCGAACUGCAGCCAUGCUGAGGCAGAUACUGUCAGAGAUGUACAUCGAUCCUGAUCUACUGGCAGAGCUCAGUGAAGAGCAGAAACAUAUACUGUUCUUCAAGAUGAGGGAGGAGCAGGUCCGACGAUGGAAAGAAAGAGAAGCAGCUAUGGAAAAAAAGGAGCCUUGCCCAGGGAAAUUGAGACCAAGAAAAGACAAUGGGAAAUCUGUUAAGUGGAAACUUGGAACUGAUCAAGAAGUCUGGGUCUGGGUAAUGGGUGAACACCAACUGGAUAAACCUUAUGAUGUGAUCUGUGAUGAAAUCAUUGCUGAGCGGGCCCAGCAGCAAGCACAGAAGGAAGCAGAAGAACUCAGAAAAGCUCAAGGAAAGGAAUUGACCAACACUUCUGAAGUGCAGUCCCUGCAUUCUGAUCUGUCAAUAGUGAGCCACUGGGAGACCCAAAAUGUUGCCGAAAGAGCUGCAGAUGAGAAAAAAUCAGGGCAAGUAGCUAAGGAAGCUGCAACAGUUAAAGAAGAGAAAACACAGGUGUUCUCCAGCUCCCCACGAAGCAUUCAUCAAAUGUUAGCAGAUUCCAUCAAUCGUUCUACAAUGAAAGGAUCUCAACAGAAAAAAGUCUUAAUGAAGAAAACCCAAGAAGAAGAGAUGAGGAGACAUGAGGAAGAGAGAACAAAACAGAUUUAUAAGAGUUGGAAAGAUGCCCAGGAUUCAGUACAGAAAUCUGACAAAGAAGAUCCCGAGUGGCAGGAGUCUUUAAGAAAAUCCAAAGCAGCUGAUGAGAAGAGACGGUCUAUUGCUAAACAAGCCAGGGAUGAUUACAGAAGACUCUCCCAGGCUGCCCAGAAGGGGAGAGGAACUGAAGGAUCCCAAAGCUCUCAUGGUGGGGGGCAGAGGCCAACAAGACCUCCUCUCCCACCCAAGCCCACACUACCACCACCUUCCCUCCCCAAUGGAAGGCCUUGUGGCAGAAGUCAGGGAAUUCAGAGGAUCCCAUCCUGCCCCACCCAGGAAGAAAUCAUCAAAUGGUUUAAGGAGGAGCAACUUCCACUGCGAGCAGGUUAUGAAAAGACUUCAGACACAAUCGCUCCUUGGUUCCACGGAAUUCUCACCCUAAACAAAACAGAUGAGCUUCUGAAAACAGGAACGCCUGGCAGCUUUCUGGUUCGGGUCAGUGCCAAAAUGAAAGGCUACGUGUUAUCCUAUUUAUCGAGAGAGGGAUGUAAGCAUUUCCUCAUAGAUGCUUCCACAGAUUCCUACAGCUUCCUGGGAGUCGACCAACUGCAGCAUCGGACACUGGCAGACUUGGUUGAAUAUCAUAAGGAAGAGCCCAUCACUUCCCUGGGAAAAGAGCUGCUUUUGCACCCCUGCGGACAGCAGGGGAAGACUCUCGACUACCUGCCUCUCUUUGAGUGACACAGUUUCCAUUCCCAAAUUGUAGCCGGGUUUCUCUUUGGAUGCAAGAAAAGAAACAUUUCUGGAAAGCCAAAACCUUGGGACUAAUCAUCGGCCAUCUAGCCAACAGUGAACAAUGGAAAUGACCCUUAACAUUGUUUGAGAUGUUUCUGUUCUGCACAAACUCUAAGAUGAAUGCAAUUUUAAUGGAAAAUUAUGUUUUGUGUCCUGUGAUGCUCCUGACACACAAGAUGGAGGAUUCCACAAGCUCAUUAAGGUACAGGGAACAAUUUCAGUGGAUUAUAUAGAAGAAAAUGAGCAAAAGAGGAAUUAUCACUUUGUAUAGAGAAAAAUAUACUUCCAACACAAAUAGCUGGUGCAAAUUGUUUUAUGACCUCUACAUUUCUAUUUUGUCACCAGCCCUAAAAAAUAUAAUGUCCUGGAUUGUUGUCUAACUAAAUCCAGAUUUUAGUAGUUUAGGAAAAUAAUUUGGCAUUUUACUAUCAACAAAAUCAGAAGUGGCCUGCUGCAUCUGGGAAGCAGCAUGGGAUAGUCGAUAGAGC